AUGGAGGCUGAACUGAGCUUCAUCAGGGAGGAUGCCAUGGCCGAUAACCUGUCGCUGGACAAGAAUCUUCUGUGCGAUCUUGCGGCUGUUGGUGAAGAAGGACAACAGUGUUUCGUCAUCAUGAAAGAGGGGCGAGUGGUCUCAAAGAGGCUCGCGGCUCGCGGCUCCAAGUUGAUAGCAUGUACUCGUAAGCCUGUCGCGUCGUAA